AUGUCAUCGGAUGAGAUUGUCUGGCAGGUGAUUAACCAGCAAUUUUGUUCUUAUAAGCUCAAAACCACCAAGGAACAAAAUUUCUGUCGAAAUGAAUACAAUGUCAGCGGACUUUGCAACCGGCAGUCAUGCCCACUGGCCAAUUCACGAUAUGCCACGAUCCGAUCCGACCCCGAGACGGGGGCGAUGUAUCUGUACAUGAAGACGGUGGAACGGUCACAUAUGCCCAGCAAGUGGUGGGAGCGGAUCCGGCUGUCGUCGAACUACGCCAAGGCGCUCGAACAGGUGGACGAGCGACUGAUUUACUGGCCUAAGUUCCUGGUGCACAAGUGCAAGCAGCGACUCACGCGAUUGACACAGGUGGCGAUUCGCAUGCGGAAGCUGGCCCAGGAAGACGAGCGAUUGGGCGAGAGAGUGGUGCCGAAACUGGCCCCGAAGAUUCGGCGAAGAGAGGAGGCCCGUGAACGCAAGGCGGAGUCGGCGGCCAAGGUCGAGCGAGCGAUCGAGCGGGAGCUGAUCGAGCGUCUGCGUAGCGGUGCCUACGGAGAUCGACCGCUGAACGUGGAGGAGGGUAUCUGGAAGAGGGUGCUUCGGGGAUUGGAGCGCUCGGGUGAGGGAGAGCGUGAUGAGGACCUGGAUGACGGGGAACUGGUGGAGGACGAGGAAGAGGGUGUUGGUGAGGUGGAAUAUGUGAGUGAUUUGGAUGAUGAAGAGGACCUGGAAGACAUUGAGGAUUGGUUGGGUGGGGAGUCCGCGGACUCUAGUGACGACUAUGACGACGAUGAGGACGAGGAUGAGGACGAUGAGAGUGGGAGCGACAGCGAUCAGCAAGAUGGGAGUUCCUUCAGCGACGAAGAGGAGAAGAAACCCAGGCCUGGAUUCAAGAGGAAGCGUCCUGCUCCCCAGGUUAAACCCCGGAAGAAGGGAGCCCGGAUUGAGAUUGAGUAUGAGACGGAGGGAUUGGGCAAGGAGAAUGUUCUUGCAUGA